GUGGCUUUCCCAGCUGCCCGUGUGAAGGCUCGGUGAUUUCCACACGGCCGCAUGGCCAGGUCACACGGCCGUGUGGGUUGUGCCCGUGUGGCUUGCUCAGCCUCUGUUUAAUGCUUCGUUUCUCCCUCGUCCGGACUCCGAAUCAGUCUGCAUCGACUAUCGUCGCCUGAAUGAUGCCACCAGAAAAGAUCACUUCCCACUCCCAUUCAUUGAUCAAAUGCUCGAGCGAUUGGCCGGCCACAAUUACUAUUGCCUCCUUGAUGGGAUGUCUGGCUACUUUCAGAUUCCCAUCUCAUCAGAAGAUCAAGAGAAAACCACAUUCACUUGUCCGUACAGCACUUUUGCGUAUCGGCGCAUUCCUUUCGGAUUGUGCAAUGCACCAGCAACCUUUCAACGGUGUAUGAUUGCCAUCUUUGACGAGUUGGUGGGAGAUAUCAUGGAAGUCUUCAUGGAGGACUUCUUAGUAUUCGGAGAUUCCUUCGACAAAUGCCUGCACAACCUCGAAAAAGUUCUAAUCCGAUGCGAAGAGACGAAUCUCACUCUCAAUUGGGAGAAAUGCCACUUUAUGGUGACCGAGGGCAUUGUCCUUGGACACAAAAUUUCAUCACAAGUUAUCGAGGUUGAUCGAGCAAAAAUUGACGUCAUCUCCAACCUUCCACCACCAGUCAAUGUAAAAGCAAUAAGGAUUUUUCUUGGGCAUGCCGGCUUCGAUCAACGCUUCAUCAAAGACUUCUCCAAAAUUGCUUGACCAUUGACAAAGCUUCUCGAGAAGGAUGCUCCAUUUUACUUUACGGCGGAAUGAAACGACGCAUUUACGGCACUAAAGCACAAACUGACCCACGCCCCGAUUAUGGUGGGUCCCGACUGGUGCCUCCCGUUCGAACUCAUGUGUGAUGCAUCUGACUACGCCGUAGGAGCUGUCCUCGGCCAAAGGUAUGACAAACAUUUCAAACCAAUUUCCUAUGCAAGUAAAACCUUAAAUGAUGCUCAAGAAAAUUACACAACAACUGAAAAGGAAUUACUAGCUAUGGUGUUUGCAUUUGAUAAGUUCCGAUCAUACCUAGUUUUAUCACGAUGCAUUGUUUUUACUGAUCACUCUACUUUGUAUUUAAUGAACAAGACAGACGCUAAACCUCGUCUGAUUCGAUGGAUUCUUCUUCUCCAAGAAUUCGACAUCGAAAUUCGAGAUAAAAAAAGGCGCAGAAAAUUUGGCAGCAGAUCACCUUUCCCGACUGGAAAAUUCAAAAGAUGAUGUUUCGGAUGAAAUCAAUGAGACAUUUCCGAAUGAACGACUCUAAUCAGU